UACCAGUCGAGCUGAGUCGAGCGCAAGUCGGCCGGAGAGUGGUGGCAAAUUGCGGGGUUGUGUGGUAGCGUACCGAUGAAGGUGUGAACGCAACUACAAAUCCAUGCCGCGUUUGGAACGUAUGCGGGGGCACGUUGUACGUGUGUCGGCAGCGGUGGCAGCAGCAGCAUCAGCUGCAGGGAGCGUUCGUUCAACCUCAACGUGUGACAGUGCCAGAGAAAAUGGCGGAGUGUCCGGUGCGGUGGUAGCAGUACUGCUCUAACCAAGGUGGUACCAUAGUGGCCAAUACAAGGCCAAUAGUGGCCAUCGGUAGGGAGGCAGGACGCGAGGAUAUGGAGCACGCGGUCACGUCGACGACGAGACGUCGUGGGCAUCAGCAUCAUCCACGACAUGCAACACGAAGACGUGUUGACAUUUCCAGCAGAGGACCCGCGCAGUGUGGCCCUGCUGGAACAACCGCAAUAACAACAGAUGACACCGCUGAUUCCAAGUCUACGAUCCCUCCAAUUACCACUUGCGUGACAACCACAACGUCACCACCACCACACGAGGAACAUAACCUCACCUCUGUCCUCGUGUCACCCCGGCGAUUGCCACAUUUACGAAAGGUACCAGAAACGACUUGGUCCAAUGACGAUUUCACCGAUGCAAAUCUACAAUCUAAACACAGCUUAGAAAUUAAGACACCACCUGCUGAUCUAAAAAAUAACGUCCAAAAAAGGCCCGCGCAGUGUGGCCAGGACGUUAAGAAAGACAGUCGAAGAAAGUUGAAGAAAAAUGAGGAUCUGGAGGAAGUAUCUCGGAUAGAGGAGUCGAAAUUAGAGAUCCGAGGUAGCCCUGAACCUGAGCACGCGGACGCGAGGGUUCGGGGAGAUGGUAACUCUGAUGACGAAUCUGUCAACGUCGAGGAGGAUCCGGAACUUGCUGAACUCGCCAGAUUACGAUGCCCCAGCGAAAGAACUGAGGUCGAGGCUGAAAGAGAGGCUAGAAGAAGGAAAAGAUGUGCCGAUUAUCCUGGAUUGGCGUUUGGAAGCUCUAUUUUUUCGAGCGAUACCAUGAUGAAGUUCAGUCUGAUAAAGAAUGAACUAGCAAAUAUUACCGGCAAUCAGCUUAAAAGGGCUGAGUCCGAGGUCGCUGCCCUGAACCGUCGUAUCCAGCUUUUGGAGGAGGACCUCGAAAGAUCAGAAGAGCGCCUUGCCACCGCCACUGCCAAAUUGGCGGAGGCAUCUCAGGCUGCCGAUGAGAGUGAACGCGCCCGCAAGAUCCUUGAGAACCGCAGCUUGGCAGACGAAGAGCGUAUGGACGCCUUGGAAAAUCAACUGAAAGAGGCCAGGUUCCUCGCCGAGGAAGCCGACAAGAAAUACGAUGAGGUUGCCCGGAAGCUAGUCAUGAUGGAGCAGGAUCUCGAGCGCGCUGAGGAGAAGUCCGAGCUUUCUGAAAACAAAAUCGUCGAGCUGGAAGAGGAAUUACGUGUUGUUGGAAACAACUUGAAGUCCCUUGAGGUUUCUGAGGAGAAGGCUACACAGAGGGAGGAGACGUACGAGAGUCAGGUCAAGAUUCUCGAUAGUCAAUUAAAGGAGGCUGAGGCACGUGCUGAAUUCGCUGAAAGAUCCGUGCAGAAGCUCCAGAAGGAGGUCGACAGGCUCGAGGACGACAUGGUGGCCGAGAGAGAGAAAAACAAAUUGCUCCAGGAGGAGAUGGAAAACACCCUGCAUGACAUCCAGAACAUGUAGAGCGUGUUGCCCUGCUGAAAAGGCUGUUUGGCGCGCUUUUGUGGUGCAAAAAAAACAUAACAUAACGGACUAAAUGCAGUAUUUAGGCUAGCCUCCUAUCCUCUGACCACCCGUCCGACGUGCGUGUGAUGUGUAUGUCUUCUUGCGUGAUUGUGAAAUCGAGAGAGUGAUGAGAUCGAAAGAAAGAAAGAAAGAACAAAACUGCCCGGAAGUAGAGUGCUCGCGUUUGUUUUUUUUUCGACUACAUUCCGCUUCCGCGACCAUUCCAGCGGCUCAAUUCGGACGAGACGUGGCGCAAAAACUCCUUCCAGAAUUUCGUUAAUUGCGACACAUUAUUCAUUGUUAACGAUGAUGACAACUAGUAGACAGAAUCAAAAACAAUCCAGAGAAUAACGAUACGCACGAUAUUAUUGCACAAAACUCGGACUGAAUUGUACAAAAAGAAAGAAAGAAAGAAAGAAAGAAAAAAAAAGUUUCGCCUCAUGAAUUUUCUCGUCUUGCGACGAUUAUUAAUUUGAUUGUUCUUCUGCUUAGAUUGAUGAUCACUGUUGAGCUUUUUUCCCCUUAGUGUGUAAUAAGAAGUCGAAGAUUUUAUUUGUCUUGCGAUCGACGUCGGGAGUGUCUUGCAUUUGCGCGCGAAAAAUGCAUGCUAUUUCUGCAGACUGAACGUUCCUGCGUUGCCAUACUUUCGAUUUGGGAAAUCGAUUUCAGUUAUUGACACCCUCCGCUGGUGCUCCCCGUUUAUUCCACGAAAAAGGGAGUGAUGCAAUAAUAAUUGGCAGGGUGCGGUUUGUCUCAUUACUUAGAGCCUGGAAAUUCUCCCCUAAAAUCCUUCUCCAAUUAAAAGCAAAAUUUUGCGGAAAGAUUUCAAAUUUGAGCAGGUUACUUCCGGUUGAUAGAUUAGAUAGUAUAAAAGUCUUGAAAAAUACAUUUCUGAGAAAAUCGCACCCUCUACUCGCCGGUUCUCAUCACGGUUGAGCCAAAACUGAAGCCGAACGUGCCUGUAAAUAAUGACGAUAUGAAUAAUUAUCGUGGCUGAUUAUUAAAUCCAAGUCGAUUUCCGGGGAUUGGGUCGCGCGGACGCGCCGAUCGCAGAGAAACGAUGGAAACGAGAGAAAAAAAAACGUUUUUGCUAUGAAAUACUUAUCCGUCGAAUUAUACUGCCCGUUUUAAAUUAUUUUUCUCGAAACCGUAGCAGAUUUAAUGCGCGACAGUCCAGUAGCCAUUCGAAACGCAUGUGCGAAAUUUUUAUGACUGGCUGGGAUCGACGAAAUGCAAUUUGCGAUCGAGAGAGAGAAAGAGAGAUAAAAUUGGGUUUGAUGAGUUCUGUCCUUCAAGAGUGACUCGAAGAGAGCAGUAAAAUUUUUGGCCAAUAAACGUCCCUCUUGAUAAACAAAUAGAAAAAUUAAUUGUAAAAGUUUUUAGUUAAUUUUUUGUGGAACUUUAGUCGAAUUAGAAUUGCCAAUCCUGAAUAGAACUCUCGUCAAUCGUGGUCGGGAAAUAUAAUUCUGGUAAAAGGCUGAUUUAUUUUGGAAGAUGGUGUCCGAAUGAGUCUUGAGUCGAUGGGCAUUUUUGAAUGGCUGCUCGGAUCUUGUUGUUUAAUUUUGCAACAUCAUUAGACGGAGAAAAGCACUGUUACGGUCCUACAUCCUAUCAUUAUUCCUAUUGUUUAUUUGAAAGCGCUAAAAGAUUGAAUUAUUGUUUUGUCUAUUAAUUUACUUAAUAUUAAACGAAUGGAAUGAUAAUAACACUAAUAUCAUU